GAGGAGUGUGUUCAUUCUUCACUGAACUCUGUAGUCACAGGAGCGGCUGCUGGAAACCUGGCUGCCAGCAUCGGAGGGAGAAAGAUUUGUCCAAAAUGCCCGGCUUCAUCCUCCUGCUCCUCGCCACCUCCUUAACGUUUGCAGCUGGUUAUCUUUACUGGGAGGAUGAGAAUUUCUUCCUCUACCCGGAUUCGCUCGAAGACAGGAGCGAGACAGAAGAUGAGACGUGCCCCUGUCGCAAGGACCUCUCUCGCUGGGACAAGGCAUUUGUGAUGCUGGAAGACUCCCAGAUGCGUCAGAACAUGCUCCUGCAUUCCGUCAACGGGAUCCUGGCCGACGAACUCAAAGGAAUUCGCUCCGAGGUGCGCCGGGCGCUGGCCAAUAGCUUUGGGGCCCAGGGUCCUGCCCGCCAGCACCCUGCGGACAUAACGAGCACCCGCCUUGCCAAGCUGUUGGAGCUGAGGCAUGAGGGCACGGUCAAGUGGCAUCAGGAGAGUGCCAAGAAGGUCCAGGAGGUCUUCCUCUUGGUGUUGGGCCUACACGACAGGCUCAGGGCCUUGGAGGGGCAGUUUGAGAAGCCAGGACCCAGCAGGGCAAUGCCAGAUGAGCAGGGUCUCUGCCCAAAACUGAACAAGGAGCUGCAGCAGAUCAGAGCCGAGUUGCAUACCCUUAGAGCUCGGGUACCUGCUCCAAACUUGGAGACACUGAUCCAGGAGCCUCCAGCAGGCUGCCAGAGGGCAUUAACAUUUCCCGCUGCCCCGAAGGGGAGAUAUGCCAUCAUCCUCCCGGUGGACAACCGCACCCUCCCUGCCUUCACCGCCUGCAUCUGGGCAGAGCCAAGCAGCACGAUGAAUGAGACAGUCCUCUUUUCCUACUGCACGGAAAGCAGCAGCACUGAAUUCCAGCUCUACCUUAACAGAAGCUCAGUACAGUUCUCAGUUGGCCCCACGGAGGUGCAUGGUUACGCUGGCCCCUUAGAAAAGUGGACGCAUUACUGCGGGAUCUGGGAUGGUGACUCAGGGAACACCACGCUGCUGGUAGAUGGGCAGACGGUGGCUUCGCGCAACCCGAGGGCUGGGCCGCGCGCAAUCCCUGGCGGAGGAGCUGUGCAGCUGGGGCACAAGAGCGACAAAUGCCAGGUGGGCAGGAAUGGCAAGGCACCCACAGCCUUUGCCGGAAAGCUGUCAGGCUUCAACCUGUGGGACUUGGCCAUCACAGAGACAGAGGUCGGCCAUCUGCUGAGGAGCAAUGGGUGUGACGAUAAGGGGAAUGUGAUAGGGUGGGAUGUCUCUCCGGUUACUGUGGGUACUGGUGUGCUGAUUCAUUAGGGAACUAUUUGAUUCUACUCUUUAACAGAGCUUUAUGCCAGAUUAAAAAUUCCUCCCCCUAAGAAACUAAACUACAUUAAUUUCGCUUUCUUUUAAAAAAAACUUACAGAAGCUAUUUUAUGAAAUUAAAAAUGGGCUUCAUUGACUUAAUUACCCGGAAUCCGCUCAAGGCAGCUAUUUUGACCUCAAUCUGGUCAAGGCAGCCAUUUUGUGACCUCAAUCUGGUCAAGGCAGCCAUUUUGAAAUCUUCACACCAUGUGCCCGGCCUAUUCUUUAUUGCAAAACUAUUCAAGCACCACAAAAAGAGGUUAAAAAUUAAAAGCCAUCAGCUUCUGCGUCCGCCAAAUGUAGCAUUUCUGCUCAUUAGGACGCAGCCCAAAAUGGCACCUGGUUAGGGGUGGCAUUCAUUCUUUUAUAAACAGAAUGCCUUGUCACUCAAUAAUAUGAUCAACUUGGGCUGCAGGGUGUGGAAAGAAGUCUGUUCACAGACACAGAGCUUGUUUUUCCUGAAAAAGUAAAGAAUAUGACUAGUUGAGAAAGAAAGUUUAUUGAUCCCUUGCCCCAGUUUUCACUCCUCCAAAGGGUUAGAUGCUCCAGUCAGGUGUGUAACUGCAAUGAUGGUAUUGGGUUUUCUAUAUAAUACCUUCUAAUGAACUAGUAUAACAAUGAAGAAAUAUUUGCUUUUCAACUUACAGUAUACAACGGAUCCUAAUUUAGAGCUUGUCUGUAGUUUAAGUAAACUAUGUUUAAACAUAUCUAUAUAAGUGCGUUAUGGAUUUUCUGUAGCAAAUAGGCUUUUAUUGCAAGAUUAUCUUGUAUGUACAGAAACAGGCUCAACUGAUCCACACCACUUAAAUAUAUCUAUUCGCCUCAACCACUCCCUGUGAGAGUGAGUUCCACAUUCUCUCCACUCUCUGGGUAAAGAAGCUUCUCCUGAAUUCCCCAUUGGAUUUAUUAGUGACCGUCUUGUAUGGAUGAGCCCUAGUUUUGGACUCACCCCAGAAAUGGAAACAUCCUCUCUACAUCUACCCUAUCGAAGCACUUCAUAAUUCUUAAAGACCUCUAUUAGGUUGCCCUUCAGUUUGGAGAAAAGAGCCCAGGCCUGUUCAGCCUUUCCUGAUGGUUAUAACUUCAGCCUCCAUUGCCCCUUGAACAGAGAAUGAGGGGGCAGGAAGCUGGGGUGGGUGAACAUAUGAAUUAGGAGCAGGAGUAGGCCACUCGGCCCCUCGAGCCUGCUCUGCCACUCAGUAAGAUCUUGGCUGAUCUGAAUGUAACCUCAACCCCACAUUCCUGCCUACCCCCGAUAACCUUUCACCCCCUUGUUAAUCAAAAAUCUAUCUAGCUCUGCCUUAAAAAUAUUCAAAGGCUCUGCUUCCACUGCCUUUUGAGGGAGAGAGUCACAAAGUCUCACAACCCUCAGAGAAAAAUAUUUCUCCUCAUCUCUGUCUUAAAUCGAUGCCACCUUAUUUUUAAACUGUGAUCUCUGGGUCUAGGUUCUCCCACAAAAGGAAACAUCCUGUCCACAUCCACCCUGUCAAGACCCUUCAGGAUCUUAAAGGUUUCAAAGUUGGGUUGGGGCGGGGUGGUGGAUUAACAUCAGUAAGAGCUCCCAACUCAAACCAGCAUCCAGUGAUACUGCCCCAUGGCCAGUUGCCAGAUGAGGACUUAGCUGUGAUCGAACUGCCCACCAAUCACUGUUGAGACUCAGGGGGAAAUUCAGGUUGAACACAACGAGAACCUGGGUGAAAAAAGUGGACAGAAAAACAGAGAGCAACUCAAACCCCAACAACUUGGAUUUUUUUUGUUUUAAAUUCUGCAUUAUACAUUUUAUUGCACAUUUUUAUAUGGACAAAAAUAACCAACUAUUUAAAUAUUUUUGCUAAAUGCAAAUUAUUUCAAUAAAAAUGACAAUUAUUACAAAA